GAGGUCAACAGAUGGAAACAGAGGAGGUGGCGGCGGCGACUGAUUCGAAAGAGGAGGAGGAGGAGAAGGUUAAGACGGUUCCGUUUUCAAAGCUGUUCUCGUUUGCAGACAAGAUGGAUCUGUGGUUGAUGAUCAUCGGCACGAUUGGCGCCGUUGGAAACGGGAUAUCCAUGCCUCUCAUGACUGUAUUGUUUGGGCAGCUCAUUAAUUCUUUUGGCCAAACUAAAGAUGAUACUAAUGACGUGGUUCGCGUAGUAUCCAAGGUAUCUCUGAACUUUGUCUACUUGUCAAUUGGAACCGGAACAGCUGCUUUUCUGCAGGUGUCUUGUUGGAUGGUGACCGGAGAGAGGCAGUCAUCUAGAAUAAGAAACCUGUAUUUGAAAGCCAUUCUCAGACAAGAUGUUGGCUACUUCGAUACAGAGACUAAUACCGGCGAAGUUGUGGGUAGAAUGUCUGGAGAUACUGUCCUCAUUCAAGAAGCCAUGGGAGAGAAGGUCGCCAAAUUCAUACAACUAACUUCUACAUUUGUGGGAGGUUUUGUGGUUGCCUUCAUCAAGGGAUGGCUUCUAACGUUAGUCAUGGUAUCCUGCAUUCCUUUGCUUAUAGUUACUGGUGCGAUUAUGGCCCUCAUUUUAGGGAAGAUGGCUUCUAGAGGGCAAACCGCAUAUGGUAAAGCCGCAAAUGUAGUUGAACAAACAAUCGGCUCAAUCAGAACGGUUGCAUCUUUCACGGGAGAAAAACAAGCUGUAGCUAAUUACAACAAAUCGCUUCUAACAGCUUAUAAAUCAGGCAUCCAAGAAGGAUUAGCUUCAGGGUUUGGAUUAGGGGUUGUUACGCUGACUGUAUUCGGCAGUUACGCUUUAGCAGUAUGGUAUGGCGCAAAGUUGAUUAUAGAGAAGGGGUAUACAGGAGGUGAUGUGCUCAAUGUAAUCAUUGCUGUUCUAGUUGGUUCAAUGUCUCUUGGGCAGGCAUCUCCAUGUGUUGGUGCAUUUGCUGCAGGACAGGCUGCAGCGUACAAGUUAUUUGAGACGAUUAACAGAAAACCUGAAAUUGACCCGUAUGAUCAAAGUGGGAAGAAGCUAGAUGAUAUCGUGGGUGAUAUAGAGUUAAAGGAUGUUUACUUCAAUUACCCAGCCAGGCCAGACGAGACAAUAUUCAGUGGAUUCUCACUGGUGAUCCCUAAUGGCACAACUGCAGCUUUGGUUGGACAGAGUGGAAGUGGGAAAUCAACUGUGAUUAGUUUGAUCGAAAGGUUUUACGAUCCAAUGGCUGGAGAGGUUCUUAUAGAUGGGAUUAAUCUCAAAGAAUUUCAACUUAAAUGGAUUAGGCAAAGAAUUGGUCUUGUCAGCCAAGAACCAAUUCUUUUCACAUCUAGCAUCAGAGAUAAUAUUGCUUAUGGGAAGGAAAAUGCUACUGUGGAAGAGAUUAAAGCUGCAGCUGAAUUGGCAAAUGCAGCCAAGUUCAUUGAUAAAUUGCCACAGGGCUUAGACACUAUGGUAGGUGAGCAUGGAACUGCAUUGUCUGGUGGGCAGAAGCAAAGAAUUGCCAUUGCAAGAGCAAUUUUGAAAAACCCUCGAAUCCUUCUUCUUGAUGAAGCAACCAGUGCACUUGACGCAGAAUCAGAGAGGGUCGUUCAAGAGGCUUUAGACAGAAUAAUGGGUAAUAGAACCACUGUCAUUGUUGCCCAUCGUUUGACCACAGUCAGAAACGCUAAAAUGAUUGCUGUUAUUCAUAAAGGAAAGAUUGUUGAACAAGGUUCUCAUUCUGAACUACUAAGAGAUCCAGAAGGAGCAUAUUCUCAACUAAUAAAACUUCAAGAACUAAACAAGGUAUCUGAUAAAGAAACUGAUUAUGAAAGAGCAGAGCUUACGAGGACUUCUAGUCGAGGAUCAAGUAGACGUCUGUCGCUAAUACGCUCCCAAAGCAGGGGAUCCUCAAGAUUAAGCAACAGUGGCCGCCAACUCUCAGUCUCAUUUGGUCUUCCCAUUGGAAUCAAUGAAGCCCCAUCGGCAGACCACAAGUUUCAUGACUCUGAAAUCGAACCUACGGAAAAUCGUCCACCGCCCGUUCCUCUUAGCCGUCUCAUUCGCCUCAACAAGCCUGAAAUCCCAUUCAUUUUGGGUGGAGCACUGGCUGCAAUUAUCAACGGUUCAAUCUUACCCAUCUAUGGUUUACUGGUCUCUGGCGUGAUCAAGUCGUUUUUUGAGCCACCAAACGAGUUAAGGAAGGAUGCCAGAUUCUGGGCAAUCAUGUUUUUUAUCCUCGGAUUUGCUUCAUUCUUGGCGUUUCCAAUAAGAACAUAUCUCUUCUCAGUAGCGGGUAAUAAAUUGAUAAAAAGAAUUAGAGCAUUGUGCUUUGAGAAAGUUGUGAACAUGGAGGUAAGUUGGUUUGAUCAGCCGGAGAACUCAAGUGGUACCAUCGGUGCAAGACUUUCUUCAGAUGCAGCCACUGUUAGAGCAUUGGUUGGUGACUCUCUUGCCCAAACCGUUCAGGAUUUUGCAUCGGCCGCCGCCGGUCUGAUAAUCGCGUUUCAAGCAAGUUGGGAGUUAGCACUCAUCAUCCUUGCGUUACUUCCUAUAAUAGCGGGUAGCGGAUUGAUUCAAAUGAAGUUCAUGAAAGGGUUUUCAGCAGAUGCAAAGGCUAUGUAUGAACAAGCAAGCCAAGUUGCUACGGAUGCUGUUGGAAGCAUAAGAACUGUGGCUUCUUAUUGUGCUGAAGAGAAAAUAAUGGAAAUGUAUGAAGACAAGUGUAAAGGACCAAGGAAAACUGGGAUAAGGCAAGGUUUGGUUAGUGGGAUAGGCUUUGGUCUUUCUUUUACAUUGCUAUUCUUGGUUUAUGCACUAAGCUUUUAUGCCGGAGCCCUUCUUGUUAAAGCCGGCAAGAUAACCUUUGGGGAUGUAUUUAGAGUUUUCUUUGCCUUGACAAUGGCAGCCAUGGGCCUUUCUCAAUCGAGCAGUAUGGCACCUGAUUCUAUCAAAGCCAAGGAGGCUGCAGCUUCAGUAUUUGCCAUUCUCGAUAGAAAAUCAAAUAUUGACCCGAGUGAUGAAUCGGGCAUAGUUCCAGACGAUGUUAAGGGUCAGAUUGAGCUUCGACAUAUUAGCUUCAAGUACCCAACUAGACCUGACAUUCAAAUUUUUCGCGACCUCAGCCUCACCAUUCACAGUGGAAAGACUGUGGCUUUGGUAGGAGAAAGUGGAAGUGGGAAGUCGACUGUGAUCGCGUUGCUAGAGAGAUUCUACAACCCCGACUCGGGUAAUAUUACACUUGACGGAGUUGACAUCCAGAGUCUGCAACUAAAGUGGCUGAGACAGCAAAUGGGACUUGUAGGUCAAGAACCUGUUCUUUUUAAUGACACCAUACGUGCCAAUAUUGCUUAUGGCAAAGGAGGUGAUGCAACCGAGGCCGAGAUCAUAUCUGCUGCUCAAUUAGCAAAUGCCCAAACUUUCAUCAGUGGAUUAAACCAGGGAUUUGACACAAUAGUAGGCGAAAGAGGAGUGCAGAUGUCUGGAGGACAAAAGCAAAGGGUGGCAAUAGCUCGAGCUAUAGUGAAGAAUCCUAAGAUAUUGUUAUUGGACGAGGCAACUAGUGCACUUGACGCUGAAUCAGAGAAGGUGGUUCAGGAUGCGCUAGACCGAGUGAUGGUUAAUCGGACCACUGUGGUGGUGGCUCAUCGUUUGUCUACGAUUAAGAAUGCGGAUGUAAUCGCUGUUGUGAAAAACGGGGUCAUUGUGGAGAAAGGAAGACAUGAAACGCUCAUAAAUAUCAAAGAUGGUUUCUACUCUUCUUUAGUGGCAUUGCAUAUGAGUUCUUCUACAUCAUAAAAGCAAGUUUCUUAUGUAUUGUAAAAUUGUCAAAUGUGACAUUUUUUUCAUUCUAUUUUUUUUGGUCGUUUCUUAUAUUUAUAAAGUACCAUUUUCUGGUCUUUUUGAUGAAUUUUGAGAUUACAUAACUAUAUAUGUAAUGUUUGUACUUUGUAAGAGUUAUGUUAAAUAAUAUACAAGAAAUCAAAAAUUUU